GUCGAUAGCAAAAGCACGUUGCGCUCCGGUCCAACGUUUCAUUGCGAGUAUUUAAUCUGCAUGCCGAACGCGUCGAUCAAGACCUCUCGCCACUUCCUCGCGUAUACAGUAAAAAUAAUAACAUACUGUACGUGACAGUUAACUGUCAAAAAAACUCCAACCUCUGAGUGACAUCGUGACGUCGCGGUCAUCAUCCAUCGAGCAACCUUCAAGAUGUCACGGAAAGAGCAUAACUGAGGAGUGACUUCACAACCAUCCCAGAGCCAUGAACAAAGAAAAAAUUAUCAGUUAUGCCUUGGCGGCAUUCGAAUUGACUAAGAUGGUGCUGAUUAUAACCACGAACACCACAAUCAAGCUAGUGGACGUAGGAAAACGUGAAGUAACGAAGCAGUACUCUGACUAUAAGCAAGGCAAACGAAGUAUCGAUUUCGGGCCGAUCAAACAGCUUGCUGAAGACGUGAAGAGGUCUUUGCCAGCAGCCAAGUCGGAUGCAGGAGUAGCACCGGCGAAGCCACCAGCUGCCAAGCCGCCUCCACCACUCCCGACACCUCCCAAGAAGAAGUAAAUGUGCAUGUUGAUUCAUUUGAUAUGUGACAGUAUCAGUUUUUGGUUGGAAUAAAGUGCGUUUUAUAUGUCGAGAUGAGAAAACAAAAAAUAAUCCACGGAAAUACAGGUACUCGGAAGAAUGCUACUGAAAUUGAUUUUCUCAAAGUACAUCUUGAACGACAUUUUACGGGGAGUUCUAAAUUCGACCCUCACCAUUGGGAUCACAGAAACCGUAAGACGGUUGAAUGGGGACAAAGUUGUACAUUUAAGUAAAUGGAAAAUUUCGC